GUAUUAAUUAAAAGGGCAGGAAAGUGAGGGAUAGGAGCAUAUACGCUUUCCUAUUGCCGCAAUUGGUAAUUAUCAAGACUUGUUUUUCAGCUAUCCUCGAAUCCAGUGCCUAAUAUAAUUGAUCAGCUGAAAUGGAUGCAUCCAAAGGGCAAAAGCUUUCUGGGAUGCAAAAGCAAGUACUUAGUCUAUACAGAGGAUUUUUACGAGCAGCUCGUUCGAAGCCUGCUGAAGAUCAACGACAGAUUGAAUCGAUUGUCUCGGCUGAGUUCCGUCGGAAUUCCAAUCAAGUAGAUCGCAAAAAUUUCCUCUAUGUUGAGUAUUUGCUUCGACUUGGUAAGAAGCAACUUGAUCAGCUAAAGAGUCCUGAUACAAUAGGGUUAUCAUCCGUCAAUGUCAGUUCAUGUAAGAACCAAAAUGCCGAUACUUGAAGACAAUAUGUAUGUGUUUUCAUUAUUU